AUGUCUGCGUUCGCCCGCAACUGGGUCAAUGUACUCAUGCGAUGUAUACAAGGCAAGGCUCAUCUCGAACAACAGUUUGAUGUCCGUCCAACCUUGCCUCGGGCGGACACUGAGGGAGUGGAUCCUCUAUCGCAUCGCGAGGAGCCACCGCCAAACCAUCCUGCAUCAACCCACGAGCCACAUGAUACUGGGCUUCAAGCCGAGCAACAUUCACACGACACGCGCACUAGACGAGGCGCGGUCAUCGAAGACGGGCUCCAGGAUCAACCUAGCUUCCAACCGCCUCCUAGCGAGUCCGAUUACGUGGAGGCAAAAUCAGACCAGCACGCCAGACCCAGUCUGCCAGUCCUGAAUGACCCCGAGUUAGCGCAAACAGAACUCAAGCGUGUGUUCACUGAGGCAAAGCAUAACUCGAACUGGUUUGUCCUUCUGUGUCGUCGGCUACUGAGUCGAUCGCCCAUUGGCCACGGAGUCACCAACGGGUUGGGCUUCGCCGCUUCGUUGCCUACAGUCCUUGCCAGUGCCGCGCUGCACCACUAUGACACAGGUUUCGAGCAGAACAAGGAUUUGUACGUCCUGGAGUACACAUACAGAGAGUUCCACUUGAGAGCUUCUAAAUUGUGCCAAUUUGACAAUAUCGGAAGCUUGAAGAAGCAUCUGAUCUCCACCACUCAGCCGUGUGAUCUCCGACUCAUAUCGUGCAACAACAGAGAGUCACUGGAUCACCUCGUGCACGACUUUGGCAUCAAUAACAUCAGUCAUGAGGGAGGUGAGAAGAGCGUGCGUGAAUGGAUGCGAGCAGACGCCAGCUCUCGUCGCGCUGCUGGUAAGGCCAUGAAAUGGAGGCCUUCUUAUGACGACACAAGAAAGAUGAUAUGCAGCGCUUUUGCGCUAGACUUUGGGAAAGUGCUCGUUCCGAAUUCAUCCAACUCCUGGAGCAGGAACAAGGAGGCAGACGCAGAUCUUGCUGAAAGCACUCAUCCACAGCGUGUUGCUGUGUACAUGCAACGGAAAGCAGCUACUGUGACAACCAGCAACGCUGAGGCCGGAGGCCUCCGUGUCAUGCCCAGUGGCACCACCGGUGCUUCACAUCCAUAUGCCUUUCGAAGUGUCGGUAUCGACAAGCUCCGAGGCCUAGAGAUCUCCAAUUCAGAUCCAUCGGCCGCCAUCUGUGAAGCUAUGCAGUUCAUCAUCCUGCAUGUCACAAGUGGUGUCUACCGCCUAUGGAACCAGCAAUUGCACCUCCUGGACGAGCCACACAGCGAGCUCGAAGAUCAUAUAUUCUCACAACCGUCGGAUCCAAGCCGUGCGCGCGAAGUCUGGAGGAUGUCGCAGCGCCUCCACGAUAUGUCCAAGCUGCUAGAGCGUCAUAAGAGUAUCAUCGAAUUUGUCCAAGACGACUUCUUGCCCUUCGCAGAACUGCCGUACGUGGAAGACGAAGCAAAGGAAGCAAAGUGGCUUGACCGAAUCAUCGAAGAAUUUCAAGAUCUCUCCGCGACAAUCCGCGCCGACUAUGUAGACACAAUGGAGCGAAUGAUCGACCUCAUUGGCUUCUUCGGAAUGAAUGUUGACACCUUCCAGCCUGUGGCUCCGAGCAUGAAGUGGUACUUCAUCGCAGCAGCCCCACUACUGGUGUCGGUGGUCGCAUUCUGGUUCAGUGUAAGGACUUUUGCGCCUGCGAGCAAGCGAGCAGAUCUGGCGAUGGAGAUGACCGAGACAGCCGCGCCGUGGUCGACCAGGGCUGCGGCAAGCGGCAGACACGACGCCACAGGGCCAGGUGAGGAUGGAUCAGAUUUCAGCAGUCGCAAGCACUGGCGUUGGCGGCCGGAAGGAUGGGGAGGGUGGUGA